GCGGCGGAGGCGGGCAGAAAGCAGGAGGAGGCGACCCGGAGGAGGAGGACGUCCCAGCAGUGCCCCCCGCGCAGCAGCCGGCGGCCAGCACCAGCACCAGCACCACCAACAGCAGCAGCAAUACCUGGGGCGGUCACGGUGCUCGGGGCGGUCGCGACCGGCGGGGCCGCAGCCGGCCGGUGGUGGUGUGUGUGGUGGGUGAACCCAACGUGGGGAAGAGCAGCACGCUGAAUGCGCUGCUGGGCGCCAAGCGGGUGGCGGUCAGCUCGCACCCGGGGCGCACCAAGCACUACCAGACACACGUGAUGUGCCCCAGUCUGAUGCUGUGCGACUGCCCUGGGCUGGUGUUUCCACGACUGGACGUCUCGCUGCACAUGCAGGUGCUGUACGGCAGCUACCCCAUCGCCCGCUGCCGCGACCCCUACGCCGUGGUCCGCUACCUGGCUGAGCGCGUGUGGCCGCGACUGCACGUCACUCUGGGGCUGCGACCCGUGCGCGACGAGGAGGAGGAGGAGGCGGAGGAGGAACGGUCACAGGAUCUUCGAGAGCGUGAGGGAGGGCCGCGGCGAGGGCCGAACCAGCAAGGCAAGGCCGCAGCCGCAGCUCCUGCCGAGUGGCGUGAUGAGGACUGGACUCCUGCUGCGCUGCUGGAGGCCAUGGCGGCCCGACACAACUGGCGCAGCAGGCGGGGUGGGCGGCUGGAUGUGUACCGCGCGGCCAACUGGAUUCUGAGGAGUGCGCUUGCGGGGCGGAAUGGGGUGAGCGUGGC